AGAAUGAGAGAGAGCCCUAGGAGACCCCUAAUCCUCAAGAGGAGGAAGCUGCCAUUUCAGAGAAAUGAAGCAGAUGUCCCUCAUGAUGAGCCAGAUGGGCUACGGCAAAAGGAAGCCCCCAAGCCACCAAGUUCUCAGUGCUUCACUGACGGGAUCCGCAUAAUGGACCACCCCACCAUGCCUGACACACAAGUGGUGGUCAUUCCCAAGACUGCAGAUCUACAAAGUGUUAUUGGUGCCCUGACUGCCAAAGGAAAGGAAUGUGGUCCCCAAGGGCCAAACAAAUUUAUACUACUGAGUGGAUGCAGUAAUCUGGAGGAUGGAAAAGAGAUCCUCUGUCCACCCUCAUCAGAGACUCCAGGCAGUUCUCACAGAAGCAGCUUCACAGUCUCUGCUGGAGAUGAUGGAUGUGCAACAACAGGCUGUCUGACGGACACCAAGCUGUUGACCUCAAUAAAACCAUUGAACAAAGAACUGGAUUGCAGUCCUUUAGAUGACAGCUUGACAAACAUCCAGUGGCUUGGAAGGAUGAGCACAGAUGGUCUUGGCCCUGCCCCUGCAAGGAAGGGUUAUAAUAAAGAGAAUCAGGAUUCUUGUCCACAGCUUAACCAGCCAUCCAGAGUGGCAGAGGAAUCCCAGGCUGUGACAAUGAAAGACCCUCAAUCAGAGAGGCCACCUUAUUCAUACAUGGCAAUGAUCCAGUUUGCCAUCAAUAGCAAGAAAAACAGGAAGAUGACACUCAAAGAGAUCUACAUGUGGAUUGAGGACCACUUCCCUUACUUCAGAAAUGUUGCUAAGCCAGGCUGGAAGAAUUCCAUACGACAUAACCUUUCCCUGCAUGAUAUGUUUGUGCGAGAGACCACCCAAGAUGGCAAAACUUCUUACUGGACCAUUCGACCUGAAGCAAACCGCUGUCUCACCCUGGACCAGGUUUACAAGACUGAGGCUGACCCAGCUGCCUCCCUUGAUCCGCAGACCGUGCAGGUCUGUGGCCAGCAACAGCAGAAGAGAGUUGCAUCUGAACUGAAGAAAACAGGUCCUAGUAACACUGAGAGAAAAAUGAAGCCCCUUCUGCCUCGCACAGACUCAUACCUGGUUCCCAUCCAGCUCACUCCUUCGCUCUUCCUCCCCUCCUCUGCACCGCUCUCCAUCUCCGGCUCACAGCAGAAUGGUACUUCCUCUACGACAAGUACUCAUGGAGGAGGCAAGAGGGUUCGCAUAGCCCCUAAGGUUACGCAAGGUGACGCUUCCUCAGUGCUGAUGUGCACUCCCACGUCUGAUGGAGGGAUGAAGGAGGAGCCCCUGUGUGUUUCAUUGAGUGCUGAACCCUCUACAGGCCCCCCGAACAAAUGUAGAAGAGAAGGUAGCAGCUCCCGUCGCAAGCAGCGUUUGGUCCAGGCCACUAAAGAGGAACCUGUACUGCUUUUCCCCGACAGCACCUUCUUUGACUCGGGCCUGGCAUCUGACAUCUCAGCCUUUCAGGAGACACGUGAGAUGGAGUCAAACCCACAACCAAACCCUGACCAUGACAGCCCCUGCAGGGCCUAUACCUUCAAGACCCCUAUCAAAAGCAGACACCCAGCCUCCUCAACCCCCAGCAAACCUCCCACAAGUCUUGUCGAGCCCUGGAGGAUCACUCCACUGGGGAAAGAGUCAUCCAGCCGUGGUGUGUUGGACUUCAGCCCUAUCCGUACACCAGGAGGUCCUGUGGUCACACCGCAGCGACACGACCACAUGUCCCUCAGUUUCAGUAGCACGCCUUUCAAGGAGCUACCACUGUUCAACUCACCCCGAGAGCUACUAACAUCCACACGCCCAUCACCACACACCUCCACCACACCCACCUGUGCACGUGAGCUCCAGGUGGGGGCUGGUGGAGCUUCUAACCGCUCCCUUGCUGAAGGCCUGGUGCUGGACACCAUGAAUGACAGUCUCAGUAAGAUCCUGGUAGAUAUUAGCUUCUCAGGCUUGGAGGAUGAGGAGUUGGGCAUGGCCAACAUCAGCUGGUCUCAACUCAUCCCUGAGCUGAAGUAA